GGCAUCCACAGAUUCGACGAUUCCACCUCCGUUAAAAGCGCCCGAGUCACAUGGUCCCACCACAGCCGACAAUAGCCUCGCCUGGAAGAAUAGUACAGAAAGCCAACGCGAGGAUAUUAAUGCAUACGCUAAAAAUUCCUCGGCGGUUAUUGUUAAUGGAGAUACCAAGGAUUAUAGACGAAAAAAACUACAGAAGCUUUAUAAUUUUCUAGGUGAAAGAGUUCCAGUUGAUAUAGUUUUCGCAGAAGACGAUUACGAGUUAGUUCCGUUGCCACCGAUCUCAAAGAAUAGAAUCCAACAGAGUUCAUCCUCCUCAAUUCAGAGAAGGAAUUCGAGUCAACAAAAUGAUACUUCACCGACUAGAUUAUCUGUUACGGACAAGAAACGUCAUCUAAAUCGAGCGGUCAAAUUGGAAAACUUGUUCGGAGAAAUUCCCCCGCAGAAUUUAUUCUUACCUGA